AGCGUCCGUGGUAGCUCGCCAUGGCGAUGGGCAGCGGCGGCGCAGUCUCGGAACAGGAAGACGCGGUGCUGUUCCGUCGCGGCACAGGCCAGAGUGAUGAUUCUGACAUUUGGGAUGACACAGCAUUAAUAAAAGCUUAUGAUAAAGCUGUGGCUUCCUUUAAGAAUGCUCUAAAGAAUGGUGACAUGUGUGAAACUUCAGAUAAGCCAAAAGGCACAGCUAGGAGGAAACCUGCUAAGAAGAAUAAAAACCAAAAGAAGAAUGCCACAACUCCCUUGAAACAGUGGAAAGUUGGGGACAAAUGUUCUGCCGUUUGGUCAGAAGAUGGCUGCAUUUACCCAGCUACCAUUGCAUCAGUUGAUCUUAAGAGAGAAACCUGUGUUGUGGUUUAUACUGGCUAUGGAAACAGAGAGGAGCAGAAUCUGUCUGAUCUACUCUCCCCAAUCUGUGAGGGAGUUAAUAAUGUGGAGCAGAGCGCUCAAGAGAAUGAAAGUCAAGCAUCAACAGAUGACAGUGAAAACUCCUCUAGAUCUCUCAGAAGCAAACCACACAGCAAGUCCAAAGCUGCUCCGUGGAACUCAUUUUUCCCUCCACCACCCCCAGUGCCAGGGUCAGGAUUGGGACCAGGAAAGCCAGGUCUAAGAUUCAAUGGGCCUCCACCGCCACCUCCUCCACCUCCCCCCUUCUUGCCAUGGAUGCCUCCGUUCCCUUCAGGCCCACCAAUAAUUCCUCCACCCCCUCCCAUAUCUCCAGAUGGUCUGGACGACACUGAUGCUCUGGGCAGUAUGCUGAUCUCUUGGUACAUGAGCGGCUAUCACACUGGCUACUAUAUGGGUUUCAGACAAAAUAAAAAGGAAGGAAAGAGCUCACCCACAAAUUAAGCAGUUCAGCUCUCUCCCUAGGAGAUGGUACGUUGGUGUCCUUGGUCCAUAAGAACAGAAGUGUCACCGUCAUCUUUGUGGACUCUCUUGUUUGAGUGACAUCAUCAGCAUUUUCCCAUUCUGGGGUCCACGCCUGAAUCAUCAGUGGAGCGUGUUUAGAGCAUAAGUGGAUUGAGGAGCGAACGGGGAGAUGUAAUGCAUGGAAGCCAGUCUGUCGAAACUGUCUGAGCACAGCUGUAGACUGUAACUUUCCUAGUGUGUCAAGAUUUUUAUUAAUGCCUUUAAAAACAAAUAAAAGUCCUUUUUUAAAAA